AUGUCUCAUCGUGAGAAUAAAGAUCGUCGAACAUUAUAUUGUGGCAAUCUACAUGAAAAUGUCACCGAAGAAAUGUUAUUUGAAUUAUUCCUUCAAAGUGGUCCUUUAGAAGCAGUUACAAUGAAACGUGAUGGUCGUCGUUCAUUUGCUUUUAUUACAUUUAAACAUGAAGAAUCAGUUCCAUAUGCUGAAGCAAUCAUGGAAAAUGUGUCUUUAUUUAAUCGUCCAUUACGUUUAGCAGCUCGUGCAUCAAAUAAAGAUUUUAAUAAUAAUCCAAAUGAACCAUAUACACCAGAAAUAUAUGUCACUGAUACAUCGUUACAUCGUUCAGCACCAUGGCAAUCACCGCAACAGCAGCAGCAGCCACAACAACCACCAUUACCAGUAACUCUUUUUUCCAAUAAUGAUAACAAUUAUCCAGCUCAACCACAAUAUGCAUAUGAAGAUCGAAUUCAACCACAAAGAUAUGAUCGUCGAAAACAACAUUCUUAUCAUCCAUAUAAUAGAAAUGAACAAGAUUAUCCAAAUAUGAAACAACGUAAUGGAAAUUAUAAUCAACAACGAAGAGGAGGAGGCGGAGGAGGAGGAGGUUAUAAUAAUUAUUACCGUUAG